CAAAAUCGCCCAAAAUUCGAACGAAUCGGACGUUUUUGCAGCGUUUUUCGGACGGGAUUUUGGAUUUUAUUUAAAAAUCGAACGGUUUCGAUACAUACCAGAAAGUGUGAAGACGGGCAUACUCUUCGGCUGACGCUUGUCGCCCCCAAUUCAUUUAGGGCAUUUUAAAAUUCGAACGGUUUCGGCGCGUUGUCCGCUUUGUGGCUUGCUUUUCGUGCUUUUCGAAUGGGCCAAAUCGAAAAUUGACCGCCGCUUCUUUUGUCAAUUGUGUGGAUCUUCGUUUUUGUGGCCUUCCUAACCGAUCGUUCGUGGUAAUUCGUCCAGUUCAGCCCGAAAACCAGGAUUUUUCGCUACUCCAGGCGAACACCAGUGCAAAAGAGGCAGUCCGAAGAAGGAGAUCAAGAUGGCCGCGAAGCCCGAGGACAAGAGCACGGAUAUUCCGGAUCGUCUUUUCGAUUCCAACCAGCGAAAAACCUACAAGCGCAUGCGGUUCUUCGGCAAGGGCGGCUUUGCAAAAUGCUACGAGAUAAUAGAUGUGGAGACCGACGAUGUCUUUGCUGGCAAAAUCGUCUCCAAGAAGCUGAUGAUCAAGCACAAUCAGAAGGAAAAGACCGCCCAGGAGAUAACCAUUCACCGCAGCCUUAACCAUCCGAACAUUGUCAAGUUCCACAGCUACUUUGAGGAUGUGCAGAACAUCUACAUUGUUCUGGAGCUGUGCAAGAAAAGAUCCAUGAUGGAGCUGCACAAGCGUAGGAAAAGCAUCACUGAGUUUGAGUGCCGGUACUACAUUUACCAGAUCAUCCAGGGCGUAAAGUACUUGCACGAUAAUCGCAUUAUACAUCGUGAUUUGAAGCUGGGAAACCUCUUUCUCAAUGACUUGCUGCACGUGAAAAUCGGAGAUUUCGGUCUGGCCACCCGGAUCGAGUACGAGGGCGAGCGAAAGAAGACCUUGUGCGGCACGCCUAACUACAUUGCCCCGGAGAUCCUAACCAAGAAGGGCCACUCCUUUGAGGUGGACAUCUGGUCGAUUGGCUGCGUCAUGUACACACUGCUGGUGGGCCAGCCACCGUUCGAGACCAAGACUCUAAAGGACACUUAUUCGAAGAUCAAGAAGUGCGAGUACCGCGUGCCCAGCUACUUAAGGAAGCCGGCGGCAGACAUGGUUAUUGCCAUGCUGCAGCCGAAUCCGGAGAGCCGCCCGGCGAUUGGACAGCUGUUGAACUUUGAGUUCCUUAAGGGCUCCAAGGUGCCCAUGUUCUUGCCCGUCUCUUGUCUGACGAUGGCGCCUCGUAUCGGCAGCAACGACACCAUCGAGGACGCGGCGCACCGCAAGCCGCUGAUGGAGAUGAAUGGCAUCAGGCCCGACGACACCCGUCUGGAGUCGACCUUCCUCAAGGCCAAUCUGCACGACGCCAUCACCGCCUCGGCCCAGGUGUGCCGCCACAGCGAGGACUAUCGCAGCGAUAUUGAGAGCCUGCACCAGCAGCUCACCAAUCUCAUUAACGGCAAGCCGCGUAUUUUGCAAGGCAAUCUGGGCGACGAGAACACCGAUCCGGCAGCACAACCGCUCUUCUGGAUAUCCAAGUGGGUGGACUACAGCGACAAAUACGGCUUUGGUUACCAGCUCUGCGAUGAGGGCAUUGGCGUGAUGUUCAACGACACUACGAAGCUGAUUCUGCUGCCCAACCAAAUCAACGUGCACUUCAUCGACAAGGACGGCAAGGAGUCUUACAUGACUACCACAGAUUACUGCAAGUCGCUCGACAAGAAGAUGAAGUUGCUGUCCUACUUCAAGCGCUACAUGAUCGAGCAUUUGGUGAAGGCAGGCGCCAACAAUGUGAAUAUCGAAAGCGAUCAGAUCUCGCGUAUGCCGCAUUUGCACUCCUGGUUCCGUACAACGUGUGCCGUGGUCAUGCAUCUGACCAACGGAUCCGUGCAGCUCAACUUCUCGGACCACAUGAAGCUCAUCCUCUGCCCACGUAUGAGUGCCAUAACCUAUAUGGACCACGAGAAGAAUUUCCGCACCUACCGAUUCUCGACCAUCGUGGAGAACGGCGUGUCUAAAGACUUGUACCAGAAGAUCCGCUACGCCCAGGAGAAACUUAGGAAAAUGCUGGAGAAGAUGUUCAUCUAAUUGUAGCCAGGCCACUACAUUUUAAGGCCGAAUGUUAGUUUAAGCUAAUCCACCAUGAAUGCCCUGGCCAAUUUUACAUAUAGCCCCAAACGAAUCCUCCUUCACGCAUUUUAAAAAAUUGUAGUUUCUGUUAAAAUUGAUUUGAUUGUUCUAUGUUUUAGAGUUUAUUUGUUUUCACCUUUCCCCUUCAUCUACUGAUUAAGUAUUAUUCGUAAUCAAUGUUGGGCAAUCAAUCCAUUAAAAAUACAUAGAUAUGUCUGUUUCACGGUUUUCGUACACGAUCACUUAAUAAAUUUAUAAAGAAAUAAAA